AUGACUUGUGAUGCUCGAGUGAGCUACAACAACACACUGGGUUUUUUUUUUUAGCCUAGCUUGUGUCUCUCGGCGCCUUUCCUGACGUCCGUUGUGUCGAGUUGUGUUUUUUUAAAAUGAAGCUGCGGUGUUUAGUCGCGGCUCUGUGCCUCGGUGUGGGAGUUAUGGCUGGGAAAUACUCCCGGGAAGUGAACGAGCACAAGACGAGCGGCGGUGAUGGACAGACGGUGGAGUUCAGGAUAGCCAAGCUGAACCAGGUGUGGGAGAAGGCUAAGAGGAUGCAGUUGUCCCCAGUGUGGCAGGCUGAGCUGCACAGCGAUCUGAAGAUCCAGGAGAAAGAUGAGAUGCAGUGGAAGAAGAUGAAGGUGGAGGAGCUGGAUGAGAACGGGGAGAGGGAAGCCCAGCUCAGACGUAACUUCAAUGUGAUCUUGGCCAAGUACGGGAUGGAUGGGAAAAGGGACACACGGCCGCUGGAGAGCAACUCCCUGAAGGACCAUGACACCAAAGAGGGUGACAUAUUUGAUGAUCCCAGGCUGAACAAGCUCUGGAACAAGGCCAAGAGCUCAGGGAAAUUCUCCAGCGAGGAGUUGCUAAGCCUUAAGCGGGAGUUCCAGCACCACAAAGACAAGAUCCACGAGUACAACAUCCUCAUGGACAUGGUCAGCAGGACUGAGGAAAUCCACAAGAAUGAGAUUUCUCCCCUGGAGGGUGAUGCCAAAGAGCAUGUGCUGCACCGGAAGCACACAGAGCUGAAGCAGAAAAUGAGAGAUCUCACCCAGGGCUUUGAGCGCCUCCGUAAGCUCAGCCACGAGGGUUUCACUGAAGACAGUGAGUUUCGGGAGCCUCGUGUGAUUGAACUGUGGGAGGCUGCCAAGAGAGCCAACCUCAGCGGAGACGAGCUGGACUCUCUCAAGGAGGAGCUGCAUCACUUCGAGACCAAGGUGGAGAAGCACAGCCAUUACCAGGAGCAGCUGGAGCUGUCCCACCAGAAGCUGCGACACGUCGAAUCUUUAGGAAACAAAGAGCACAUAAAGAGGAACCAGGAAAAGUACAACACACUCUCUGAGAAGACCAGGGAGAUGGGCUACAAGAUGAAGAAACAUUUACAGGAUUUGUCCAACAAGAUCUCCAGUCAGGGACUCGAGCACAAUGAGCUCUGAGAGGGUUAGAUCAUGGUCGUGACGUCGACGAAGGUCGAAUGAACAGAAAGAAUCCCUCUGUAACCACAUGAUGUGUGCUACCCCCCCCCCCCCAUCCCCUCUCAUCUACUGUACAAAAAUCAGUUUUUUGCAUUGAAGGUUUCCUUCUUUUCUAGUGUUAUUGUUGAUUUUACAAAUCACUGAAUUAACAAAUUUGUUUGUACAUACCAUGCAUAUGAGAGAUUUCUUACAAAUCAGCUGGAUGGUCACAUUUUCAGUCAGAUAAAAUAAAGAUCAGUUUACGUACUAGUCUGGUACUCUGCAGCAUAUGACUGGCAGGUGUGUAAGAAAUGUGUGAUUGUAGUACAAAAAACAGAAAAUGUGGCUUUGCUUCGACAGAGUGUAGGCGGUUUUUAUGAGAUGGAUGGCAGCAGUUGAGUCAACGUAACCAGAUGUAGUGAAGAUGGUGCAGGUCCUGGGGGACAGCAAACACUUGCAUCAGUAGACUUAUCGGCACAUCAGUGCCCAGACAAUUUAUUUUCACCUCUCUGUAGUUAGCUCUGCAAGUAAUAGAUAUCACAUCACACAAGCUUUUACUAUGUUACUGACUCAUACUUUGGUCCGCUGAAACAUUGUGAUGUUACUGUUAUUCUCCGAUCAAUAUAAAAUGAAGAAUUAUUUGCAGAUUCAGGUAAGAAGCACUGAAACCUUGAACUGUAACAGCAAAUCUUUAAUAUUCAAUAAGAUACAGGUGCCAACAACAUACAAAGAAUGAUAUUUUGAAAUUGUAAAUGCCGUAAAUGAAAGUGUUUACCAUUUACAAAAGCACUCUGACAAACAGGCUGUUCUUGAUUUUAAAAAUACAUAUAAUAAAUAUAUUCAUCAUC